AUGGCGACUCCAAGAGGAGAAGAAUUUGUUUUCCGGAGCCAGUUCCAAUCAGUGCCGGUCCCGGAAAACGUGACGCUGCCGGAUUUUGUGCUUCAGGACGCUGAAUUGUACGUCAACAACGUAGCAUUUGUGGAGGCUGCCAACGGGAAAGAGUACACUUAUCGCCAAGUCCUCGGAGAAACCAAGAGGUUCUCCAAGUCCUUGCGGUCUCUCGGGCUGAGAAAAGGCGGCGUCGUGGUGGUUGUGCUCCCAAACAUGGGGGAGUACGCCAUUGUCGCCCUUGGAAUUAUGGCUGCCGGCGGCGUGUUUUCAGGCGCAAAUCCGUCGGCGCAUGCUUCUGAAAUUAAGAAACAAGUAGACGCUGCUGAUGCCAAGCUAAUAGUCACCAACGCAACAUUCUACGAGAAGGUGAGAAAUCUAGGAUUGCCAAUCAUCGUACUAGGCGAAGAAAGGGUGGAGGGCGCCAUGAAUUGGGAGGAUCUUCUUGAAGCCGCAGAUCGAGCCAACGUUGAUAUCAUCGACGAAACCGUCCACCAGACCGAUCUCUGUGCUCUUCCAUUCUCCUCCGGCACCACCGGGACGUCGAAGGGCGUCAUGCUGACUCAUCGGAAUCUGGUGGCCAAUCUCUGCUCCACCCUCUUCAGCGUUGGACCUGAGCUUGUUGGGCAGGUGACUACGCUAGGCCUAAUGCCAUUCUUCCAUAUAUAUGGAUUGAGUGGGAUAUGCUGCGCAGCUCUUAAAAACAAAGGGAAAGUGGUGGUAAUGGCAAGGUACAAGCUUGAGGCAUUUUUAGAUGCCCUGAUCACUCAUGAGGUCACAUUUGCUCCCGUUGUGCCUGCAAUCAUCUCGGACAUGGUUAAGAAUAGUGUCGUGGACAAUUUCGAUCUCCGUAAGCUCAAGCUCAGGGCUGUCAUGACUGCCGCAGCUCCCCUUGCUCCAGAGGUUCUCCGAGCAUUCGAGAAGAAGUUCCCUACUGUCGAGGUACAAGAGGCAUAUGGAAUGACAGAGCAUAGCUGCAUCACCCUGACUCACGGCGAUCCUGAAAAGGGCCAUCGGGUCGCAAAGAAGAACUCAGUUGGAUUCAUCCUUCCCAAUUUGGAAGUGAAGUUCGUCGAUCCAAGCACCGGUCAAUCUCUCCCCAGUAACACUGCCGGCGAAAUUUGUGUUAGAAGCCAAUGUAUAAUGCAAGGUUACUACAAAAAUAAGGAUGAGACUGCUCAGACAGUUGAUGAAAAUGGGUGGCUUCAUACGGGUGAUAUUGGGUACAUCGAUGAUGAUGGAGAUAUCUUCGUCGUGGAUCGAAUCAAAGAGUUAAUCAAAUACAAAGGAUUUCAAGUGGCUCCUGCUCACUUAGAGAGCAUCCUUCUGACUCACCCCUCCGUUGUAGAUGCUGCAGUUAUCCCGUUGGAGGAUGAAGCAGCAGGAGAAAUACCCGCAGCCUGUGUGGUGAUGAGCCCAAAUGAAAAGGCGAUCAGUGAAGAGGAGGUGAUGGACUAUGUUGGGUCUAAGGUCGCAAACUAUGAGAGAGUGAGAGUUGUUCAGUUUGUGGAUGCAAUCCCAAGGUCCCAUUCAGGCAAAAUAUUGAGAAGGCUGCUGAAAGAAGAGAUGGGUUCUGGCUCUGAGUUGGCACAUGCUUCUUCAGCUAGAAGCUCAAUAUCAGCUUCCGCUGACUCUUCAUCAAAGGAGGAAAUGAAGACAUCCAAGAGUGCCUUUGAGGCAUGCCAUGCUUUUUCCAAAGAUUUUAGUGAGAAGAGUGAUCUAGCCAGGUCUGAGAUAGCUGAAGUUUCUCCACCUCUAGAAUAUCCAUUUGGGUCUGGUGAACCAUGGAUCAGUCUAAAACUUGGUAAGCGAGCAUAUUUUGAGAAUAAUUCUACCUUGGGUGAUGCUAAGGCUUCAUCGUUAUCUGUCGUUCCUGCAUCAUCAACUGGCUCCACAACAAAGAAAAACAAACCAUUUUGCCAGAGUACACCUCCACCACGGUGCCAAGUUGAAGGGUGCAACCUUGACCUCUCCUCAGCUAAAGAAUAUCAUCGCAAGCAUAGAGUUUGUGAAACUCACUCGAAAUGGCCAAAGGUGGUUGUAGGUGGUCUAGAACGUCGAUUUUGCCAGCAGUGUAGCAGGUUCCAUAGUUUGUCAGAAUUCGAUGAAAAGAAGCGAAGUUGUCGCAGGCGGCUUUCUGAUCAUAAUGCACGACGACGGAAGCCACAGCAAAAUGCAAUUCAGUUCAAUUCAGCAAGGCUGUCCUCUCCAUACUUUGAUGGGAAGCAACAGAUUAGCUUUGCGUCAAAUGAUGCCUCAUUUUUCCACACAAGAUCAUCUGAAAAUCAUGAAUGGGAAAACACAUGGAAUGGCUCCAAGUUCACCCUAUCAAAAGGAUACCUACUGAAAUUUGAAAAAACUGGAGGCAUUAAUGGGCACCUGCAAUUGCCAGGCACUGAUUUGAUGCAUGCUGCCAGUGCACCUUGUCAGAAUUCCAGUAGGCCCCUGCCAUCCAAGGGCUCCAGAGCUGAGGUUUCUACUCAAGGUUUGAAGGAAUGUCCUAUGCUGUCUGCAAACCCGAACACAGCACCAGAUAUUCAUCGUGCUCUCUCUCUUCUGUCAACUGAUUCUUGGGGUUCAGAGCCUCCCAACAUUGUACUUGACCCACCCUUCCAUGUCGAUCUCACUAGCAGCAUUCCUCAGCCCGUGAUGCAUGGGGUGCCACAAGGUAUGCCGUUUGCUUCUUCAGAGCACUGGCAAGCUGAACACUCUACUGAUCUUGGCCGCCUGCACACCUUGACUGCAAGUGACAGCAGCCACUUUGAGGAAAUCCAGCUCUUCAAAGCACCUUAUGAAAACGGCCUUUAUUCCGAUCUGUUGAAUUGAAAACUUGAAUCCAUUCAGUCGGGAGUUCCAUGUUAAAGUUGGAUAUUUUGUCUACCAUGUUCAGAAAAUUGCACUGAGCCAAAAAAAUUGGAUCAACAACUGUCAAUUAGUCGAAUUUGUGCCAAGUAAGAAAUGUAGUAACUUAUCCAGGACUGCUGCGUUGCGAAGCUUUUGGCUGGGGGAAGAGGAGCAGCAUUUGCCUCUGGCAACACCCAGGGUCGUGCUUAUUAUAUUUUGUACAAGGAGAAUUCACUAAUAUGUUGGACGGAGGGCUACUUGUAUCUAAAGCUUAAUUUAUGAUGGUAGGUAUUUCAAUGA